CCCGUUCCCCGCUCAGGCCGCCCGUGCGUUGACUGCCACGCGUUCGAGUUCAUGCAGCGCGCCCUGCAGGACCUGCGGAAGACGGCCUACAGCCUGGACGCGAGGACGGAGACCCUCCUGCUGCAGGCCGAGCGCCGGGCCCUGUGUGCCUGCUGGCCAGCUGGGCGCUGAGGACCCUCAGCCAGCGCUGUUCCUGUCAAUAAAUACCUGGCCCGCA